CAGGAAUUAUGCCGGGUCAGUGGCGACUGGAGUCGGACCCUGGAUUCAACACCUAUAAGAAGAUCACACACAUCGGAUAAUUCACAGUUGACCUCUCCCAGCUUUCAAAACAAGCAGCACUCAGCCCCAGCUUCUUUCAAGCUCGGCUGAGCUCGCUGCUUCACAGCACGAUAAAUUUUAGAUUAGAUUCAAUUUUUGACGACGAAGAUGGCGUCCUCAAUCUACCUUUUCAUGGGACUGGCAAUUUUGUACGCUGCCACGGCAGACGCGCAGCUAUCUCAGAGCUUCUACGCAAAGAGCUGUCCCGGUGGUGUGCAAGCUGUUGCCAACGUGGUCAGCGCAGCUGUUCGCAGUGAUAGAAGAAAUGCCGCCGGCCUUCUCCGAUUGCAUUUCCAUGAUUGUUUUGUCAAUGGAUGCGACGGAUCGGUGCUACUGUCUUCGACGCCUGGUAAUCAGGCAGAAAAGGAUGCACCACCAAACCUCUCACUCCAAGGAUUUGGAAUCAUCGAUCAAGCGAAGGCGGCAAUAGAGAGAACUUGUCCCGGUGUUUUCUCGUGUUCCGAUAUCCUGGCUCUAGCAGCAAGAGAUGCCAUCGCCACUAUUGGAGGACCAAGCUGGUCGGUUCCCCUCGGUCGAAGGGAUGGAACGAUUUCGCGCGCAAGUGCCGCGUCCAGCAAUCUUCCGGGUGACGGGUUCAGCUUCAGGCAGCUUCUUCAGAACUUCAACAGCAAGGGCCUCAGCCAAUCGGACUUGAUCGUCCUUUCAGGUGCCCACACUAUCGGACUUACCCACUGCAGCAAGGUCACUCCCCGCAUCUAUAAUUUUCGGGGAAGCGCGAGUGGUGCCGACCCUUAUCUCAACACCACUUACGUCAGGGAGAAGAGAGGAGUGUGUCCCAACUCCGCCAGCAGCGCCAACAAAUUCGUCGCACUGGAUUCAAGCAAGGGAGGCCAGACCUUUGACAUCAACUACUUCACUAACGUUCUGGAUCACAAAGCCAUCUUCAAGUCGGACGAUGCUCUCAUCUCCACAAGCAGCGGUUUGAAGCAAGUGCUGGAUCUUGUUCGAUCCCCGAGCUCGAAGUUUUUCAGCCAAUUCGGGCUGGCUAUGCAGAAGAUGGGAAGGAUACAGGUUCUGACCGGAUCUCAGGGAGAGAUUCGCAAAGUCUGCUCCAAGAAGAACUAGAGCAUAAGCUGAUAAUUGUUUCUUUGAGUUGUAAAAUUGUUUUAGUGGACUCAGACUAGACUCUUCGUUGUCAAAUCACUUACGAUUGUAGAUGCUGAAACGUAUAACAUCCCAAUUUUCUUGGUGCACCUGGUCAUUCAGGACCUCGUGCUUCAAGACUUCAUGAAUGGGAGCGAGCUCUAAGCUAGCCAUUUGGUGAAGUCUUACUAGCCAACAUGGUGAGCUUUACUACUGAGCCGCAAUCGAAACUAUUGAUGUGGAGGAAGUUUGGUCCCAAUUCGAGAGAGCUCGAAGCUAGCUAGCAAGUUUUACUAGUUCUCUAGAGUUGUUAGGAAGAGUAAAAAUGAACACUGUAUUGGUCUUACACAACAUUCUUCAAGACCUUGGGAAGAAGAUUUGCUGAGCUAAUGAUGUAGCACGUCGACAUUCCUGAAGGCACCAUUCUUUGCUUCGAUUGCUUUUUGAGAUCGAAGCCCACAAUUGAUACCUUCAUUGGGUGCUUUCAUGCACAUAAUAAAACGAGUUCCGGCUUUCGCUAUGAAUUCUUACAUGUGCAGGAU